AUGAAGAUCCGCGUGGUCCAGAUUUGGGGGUUCCUGAUGACCGUUUUGGGCUGGAUCUUCGUGGCCUGCACCAUGGCCAUGGAGGGCUGGAAGAUCAGCUCCAUCGGGGGCAUGGGGGGCUCCUCCAUCAUCAAGGUGGCCUGGUACUGGUCCAGCCUGUGGAGAUCCUGCUUUACAGACUCAACUGCUGUCAGCAACUGCUACGACUACCCCAUGCUCUGGUCUGUGGAGGGCCACAUCCAGAUAGUGCGAGGCCUGCUGAUGGCGGCUCUCUCCCUGGGCAUGCUGGGGUUUGUGCUCAGCCUGCUGGGCAUGGAGUGCACCUUCGUUGGGGGGAAAGACCGGUCCAAGUACAAGAAGAUCUACGCCGGGGCUUGGUGCCAUAUAGUCAGCGGUUUCCUGUCCACAUGUGGCUAUGCUGUUUAUGCGCAGUAUGUCUCAGUGGAAUAUUUCAACCCUGACUUUGACGGACUGAGGUUCGACCUCGGCACCCCGAUGUUCCUCGGCUGGGUCGGCUCAGCCUUUCAAAUGACUGGCGGUUUCUUCUACGUGUGGUCUGUGUGCAAGCCGCUCUGCGGAGGAGAGACAACGGUGAUCAACAUCCAGGCACUGCCAGACCCCGAGCAAAACAAGUUGGCCACGGCUCCGCCCACACCGUCCGAGAUCUCCUCCAAGACCAAACUGUCCUCCGUGUCCGAGCUGUCGUCCAAGUCUGAGCGCUCGGACCUGUCGGGCAUCUCCUCCAGGUCGGGACGCACGUCAAAAUCCGGACGCACGGCCAGGUCAGCGCUCUCGUCCAGGACCGGGAGAACCACCAGGUCUUCGGGGUCAGUGGGGAUGAGUUCGGGGUCGGGGUCAGUGGGGAUGAGUUCGGGGUCGGAGUCCGUCGUCUCGUCGAUGUCCAGCGCAUCAACUUUGUCCGAGUCGAGGAGCAGCGGCAGCAGCCGGACAGUGUCGUCGUUGUCAGGCAGCUCAAGGAGUGGGACAAGGCCGUUCAUCAAAAACUCUUAUAUUUGA